UGCUGCCAUGUUUUAAUUUAGAUUUGUGCACUUUUCCAGGUGAUGGAGUUUUACUGCCAGUCCUGCGAGACAGCUAUGUGCCGGGAGUGUACAGAGGGAGAGCAUGCAGAGCAUCCCACGGUACCACUCAAGGAUGUGGUGGAGCAACACAAGGCUUCCCUCCAAGUCCAAUUGGAUGCUGUCAACAAAAGGCUUCCAGAGAUCGACUCAGCACUUCAUUUUAUAUCUGAAAUCAUACACCAGUUAACCAACCAAAAGGCUAGCAUUGUAGAUGACAUUCAUUCCACUUUUGAUGAACUCCAGAAGACUUUAAAUGUGCGAAAGAGCGUGCUGCUUAUGGAACUGGAAGUGAAUUAUGGCCUUAAACACAAAGUCCUCCAGACACAGCUGGAUACCUUACUUGAAGGACAAGAAAGCAUUAAAAGUUGCAGUAACUUUACGGCCCAAGCCCUCAACCACGGCACUGAAACAGAAGUUCUGCUGGUGAAGAAGCAAAUGAGUGACAAGCUGAAUGAACUGUCUGAGCGAGACUUCCCCUUGCAGCCACGUGAAAAUGAUCAGUUGGACUUCAUAGUGGAAACAGAAGGCCUGAAGAAGUCCAUUCACAAUCUGGGUACUAUUUUAACCACCAAUGCUGUUGCCUCUGAAACAGUUGCCACAGGUGAGGGACUGAGGCAGACAGUGAUUGGACAGCCCAUGUCUGUUACCAUCACAACUAAGGACAAAGAUGGGGAGCUUUGUAAAUCUGGGAAUGCUUACCUCACUGCUGAACUGAGCACGCCUGAUGGGAGCGUAGCAGAUGGAGAGAUACUUGACAAUAAAAAUGGCACUUACGAAUUUUUGUAUACUGUUCAGAAAGAAGGGGAUUUCACUUUGUCACUGAGACUUUAUGAUCAACAUAUCAAGGGCAGCCCAUUCAAACUUAAAGUGGUCAGAUCAGCAGAUGUGUCCCCUACCACUGAAGGGGUUAAGAGGCGUGUUAAAUCUCCUGGCAGUGGUCAUGUGAAGCAGAAAGCUGUGAAAAGACCUGCGAGCAUGUACAGCACUGGCAAAAGAAAAGAGAAUCCCAUUGAAGAUGAUUUGAUCUUCAGAGUAGGCACCAAAGGAAGAAACAAAGGGGAGUUUACAAAUCUUCAAGGUGUAGCUGCGUCUACAAAUGGAAAAAUAUUAAUAGCAGACAGUAACAACCAGUGUGUGCAGAUAUUUUCCAAUGAUGGUCAGUUCAAAAGCCGUUUUGGCAUACGAGGAAGGUCUCCCGGCCAGUUGCAGCGGCCGACAGGAGUGGCUGUGCAUCCCAGUGGUGACAUCAUUAUUGCAGAUUAUGAUAACAAAUGGGUUAGCAUAUUCUCAUCAGAUGGAAAAUUUAAG